ACUGGGGGAAGCACCCAGGCAGGAAAUGACUGGCAGCCCGCCUAUCACCUGGGAAAGUAAAUGCUUUGAUUUCUGAAGGCAGCUGAGCCCACACGCUGCCUGCCAUUUGGAGCAAACAAAGGAAGCAGGGCCACUGUCCCCGGGGUGCUGUUUUGCAGCAUGGGGAUGAAAAUGGGCAACAGCAUGCCAUCUUUAGGAUUAAGGGUUAUUUCUUCGAGCUCCCUCAUUCAAAGAAGGCAAUAGAAAACCAGCUGGACUCCAGGUACAGCCUCUGAGCUUCCAGGAAAGGAGAGGUGUGGUUCUGCUGCCAGCUGAAAGACAUGUCUAUCACGGGGCUGAAAAGGAAGCAGCCGAAGACUUUUAAAGUGAAGGUGAUAACCAUGGAUGCCGAAAUGGAGUUCAACUGUGAGAUAAAGUGGAAGGGGAAAGAUUUAUUUGACCAGGUCUGUCGUGCGUUGGGUCUAAGGGAAACGUGGUUCUUUGGCUUGCAGUACACCAUCAAAGGGAUGCUCACCUGGCUGAAGACGGAUAAAAAGGUUUUAGAUCAGGAAAUCCCCAAAGAAGAUCCAGUUAGUUUUCGCUUCCUGGCUAAAUUCUACCCUGAGAAAGUUGAAGAGGAGCUUCUGCAAGAGAUCACCCAGCACCUUUUCUUCCUGCAGGUCAGAAGGACUGUCUUGUUUAAACUGGGCUUUCGUGCACGACUAUGCCUGAAUGUUACGAUUUUGCAGAUGGAGCACCAACGUCUGGCCAGGGAGACGCAGCUGCGCGAAGAGGCUGAGCGAGCCAAGGAGGAGCUGGAAAGGCGCCUGUUUGAGGUGGAAGAUGAAGCUAGACAAGCCACUGAGGCGCUGCGCCGUUCGGAGGCAGCCGCGGAGCUGCUGGCCGAGAAGGCCCAAAUUGCAGAGGACGAGGCGAAGCUGCUGGCGCAGAACGCGGCUGAGGCCGAGCAGGAACGCCAAAGGCUAGAGUUGGCGGCCCAGAAGACCCAGGAAGAGAAGCGCCUGAUGGAGCACAAGAUGCGGGAGGCAGAGCUCAUCGCCAUGCAGUUGGUGAAAGAGUCGGACCGCAGGGCCAAAGAAACUGAGCAUUUGAAACAGGACCUGCAGGAUGCGAAGGAAGCUGAAGAAAAGGUCAAGCGGAAACUCCUGGAUGUCGACAAGCUUAAUCAUUUUCCUUGCCCCCCAGCCUUCACGGCUGGCACCAGAGAUGCCAGUGCUGACAAAGGAGGUGUAAAGCUGGACUUAAGAGACAUCGACUUGAAGAGGCUCUCCUUGGAGAUUGAAAGAGAGAGGUUAGAUUACCUUGAUAAGAGCCGGAAGUUCGAAGAUCGACUAAAAGAACUCAAGUCAGAAAUCCAUGCUUUGAAACUUGAGGAGAAACAGGCUGGGCUUCACUCACGUUGGAAUAAACUGUUUGGAUCCUUGGAUCGAUACUCGCAGAAAAUAUACAAGACUCCUUCGUGGAUCGCAGCCUUUGAGCCAAAUCUUUUGGACAGCCUUCAGCAACCUUUCUUGAUGCAUCCGCUAAAUGCGGACAAUACAGCACUUGGAACUCCAAUAGAAAAACCCUCUUUUCAGACCGAUUUGUUGGUGGCUGGAAAUGUGGGGACAGGAACCAGAAAGCAAAUCAAGGUUCAGCAGCAUAAAACAGAUGUGAUCUACAUCUGAAGAUCUGGCGACUCCUUGAGAGGCACAAUAAACAUUUAUGGACCGAAAAUGGAAAGGCUCCGUUUGUUCAAAGUGCUCUCAUUCGCACAAGAGUCUUUUCCAGAUGUUUCAGCGGGUAAUGGUUUUCGAACCGCUCGUCUGAUCUGCCUCACCUUGCAGUUUGAACAGUGCUGUUAUGUGAUAUUCCUACUGGGGUAUGUCUGCCAGAACGCUGUGCAUUUAAGUGUCUGUAUUCCAGUAAGAACAAAUGCAAACAGUUCUACAUGUCGUGGUCCCGAUCCAGCCCAAUUUAGCGUUGACGACGUCCCUUGAAGCAAGUCAGCUCACCCACCUUAUCCUAACAGAGCAGCAUUCGGUCCUGCAGGUUUCAAGACGUGUGCGGUUUGUUUGUUUUUAAAGAGUUUUACGUUUGCUAAGAUUCAUGUUUGUAAAUAAUUCUUCCAUUUGUUACGACAGUGCUUUAAAAUAAAAGUUCAUAUGUUUGACCUGA